CUUUCUACCAAAAACGUCCCAUAUUCAAAGUUCUAGCCGAAAGAGAGGUUUCUGCUUCUGCAUACUAUGUAAGGCAUUUAUUGCCAGAAAAAAAAAAAAAGAGAGUUCUGAAAUUCUGUUUGAACUUUGAACAGAGGAUCCUCCCAUUUGAUAUCUGUUUUGAGCUUCACAGGUCCUUGGACUUUAGUUCCUUUUGCUGUUCUGAACCUCAAUUUCCAGUUUCAAUCCAGUAAAGGACUAAAAGGUUGAAGUGGGAAACUAGUUUGAUCUGGAAUUUCAGCAAAAGUUAAGCUCCAGGACAAAAAGGAGCGUACUAAUUCGAGGAUCUGACUUCUUCAAGAGAAAUCAUAGUACCUUUCAGAGCAAAUGCUCAACCAGAGGUACUUUACAACUGAGACAUAUAAUACUAACUAAUGAGGUGGAUCGGAAAUCAAGAACUCGGAGAGAUGUUCUGGCACGGAUCUCGAAUCUAUACGGGGAUAUUAAACCGACAAUUAAAUAAGGGGCCUGCAAGAACCAGAACCACUGUGCUCUUCGUCAUCGUCCUUUUCCUUGGCGUCUUUAUCUCUGUCCGCUGGAUCGACGAUUCCAUUAGAGGUGCUUCGAAGCAGAAAAUAGUGGAAAACCCAAUAGCAAUUCAUAAGCAUCCUCAGAGAAUUGAAAUCCCACUUAAUUGCUCCGCCGGAAACCGGACUCGAAGUUGUCCCGUAAGCUUCUCAGAGACAUUUCAGAGGGAAAACGAUGACAGUUCACCGUCGAGCCCAGUUUGUCCUGAUUAUUUCCGGUGGAUCCAUGAAGAUCUGCGACCGUGGAAGGAAACAGGGAUUACGAAGGAGAUGGUGGAGAGUGCUAGAAAGACUGCUAAUUUUAGAUUGGUAAUCGUGAAGGGUAGAGCUUACUUGGAGACUUUCAAGAAAUCGUUUCAGACGAGGGAUGUGUUCACUCUAUGGGGGAUAUCACAGAUGUUGAACAGGUAUCCAGGAAGGUUGCCGGACCUUGAGCUUAUGUUCGAUUGCGUCGACUGGCCCGUCGUCCAAACACGCCACUAUCGAGGGCCCAAUGCCACUGCUCCUCCACCCUUGUUUCGUUACUGUGGGGACGACUCGACCUUAGAUAUUGUUUUCCCUGAUUGGUCUUUCUGGGGUUGGCCUGAGGUGAAUGUAAGGCCAUGGGAGUAUCUGUUGAAGAAGUUGAAAGAAGGAAACGAGAGGACGAAAUGGAUAGACAGGGAACCUUACGCUUACUGGAAGGGAAACCCACACGUGGCUUCGACAAGGCAAGACCUCAUGAAAUGCAAUGCCUCUGACAAACAGGAUUGGUAUGCUCGCCUCUAUAAGCAGGAUUGGAUCCGUGAAUCUCAGAAAGGCUUCAAGCAAUCAGAUUUGUCACAACAAUGUACUCACAGAUACAAGAUCUACAUAGAAGGGUCAGCAUGGUCUGUUAGUGAGAAAUACAUUCUAGCCUGCAACUCUGUCACUUUACUAGUUAAACCUCGUUAUUACGAUUUCUUUACUAGAAGUCUACAACCUGUUCAUCACUACUGGCCGAUUAGGGAAGAUGAUAAAUGCAGAUCUAUUAAGUUUGCCGUCGAUUGGGGAAACCACCACAAACAAAAGGCACAAGCAAUAGGAAAAGCAGCCAGUGAAUUCAUACAAGAGGAGCUGAAGAUGGAUUACGUGUAUGAUUACAUGUUUCAUCUCCUGAAUGAGUAUGCGAAGCUUUUCAAAUAUAAGCCCACUGUACCUGAACAAGCCAGGGAGCUCUGUCCAGAGGUAAUGGCUUGCUCUGCAAAAGGAUUGGAGAAGGAGUUUAUGAUGGAUUCCAGGUUGAAGGCUACUAAGGACACAAAUCCAUGCACCAUGCCACCUCCCUUUGAUCCUCAAUCUCUUCGAGUGUUUCUGAAGAGAAAAGCAAAUUCAAUACAUCAGGUGGGGUUAUGGGAGAAAAAAUAUUGGGAGAAACUAUAAACCUUUGGUCUGUGUUUCUCUUUAGCAAUAUUUGACAUCUACCAUGCUAAGCCAAUGGAGGGAAUGCAAUGCCUCAACAUUCAUAUACCGGAGAAGACCAACCAUCACGGAAAGGGAGUAAAGUAAAAGAAAACGAGAGAGAGAGAGAGAGAGAGAGAGAGAGAGAGAGAGAGAGAGAGAGAGUACUACAAUUCCCCAAUAGUGUUAAUUUUCGAAGCUAAUUUAUUUUAUUUUAUUUGUAGAAAA